CUCUCACCACAUUGACCCACCCCCGUCCUCUUCAUCUUCAACCCCAGGCCCAGCUAUGAUUUUUACCCAGAAAGGAAAAGAAAGAACUUCAAAACAAUGCUAUCACCAAAUCCAUCAACUCAAAUCCCAAUUUUUGUCUUUGUUUCUCACUCUCUUCCUCAAAGUUGAGUGUUUAUCUUUUCCACGGUUUUCAUUUCUGCCGUGAAAUUUGGUUUCAAUCACCCAUCAGCGCGUUCCAGUUGGAGAAGAGCUCCUCGAAUUGGUAGGCCUGGAAGAAUUCGGUACUGGUGAGAUUGCAACAGUAUUGUGACCAUCCCUUACAGUCCCACCCUUUGUCUCACAACUUCUUUCCUUUGACCUUUUUCACCAGCGUCGGGGUCGCCGACACCUGGUCGUCGAAGGCAUUCACGCAUACUACACUAGCAGAACCACGCCGCCAACGCCGCCGCGAAAACCAACGGAGAGGUCUUCAUUGGUGGAGGGAGAAUUGGAGACGGUUUCAGAUCUGAUGGGCUUUUUUUUUUUUUUUGGAGAGGAGGGAAUAAUUAAGGAGAGUGAUUUGAUGGUGCUGCUGUGUUUUGGUGGUUUUGUCUAAAGGCAAGUGUUUGAUGGUGUGUCAUUUUCGGGUUAAAUGGCGUGCAAGUUUGGGGUGAAUGGACUGAAGUGAUGGUGGCUACAGCCGUGGAAGUGGAGGUGGAGGAGUUGGAGGCGGUGGCUGGGACCGUGCGGUAUGGUGCUUAAGAAAUGGAGUAUAGACUCAUCAUUGCUGCGAAAAUAGUGCUUGAGAAAUGGAGUAUAGACUCUUCGUUGGUGCAAAAAUUUAUUCCUUAGAUGAUUAGCGUAAAGAUUGAAAAGACAGAUGCAUACUUGAUCAGUUUUUGAGCAGAGAUGGCGUCAACCUCUUCUCGUCGUCAAUGGAAAUACGAUGUGUUUCUAAGUUUCAGGGGGGAAGAUACGCGCAAGGGUUUUACCGAGUAUCUGUAUUCUGAACUAAUUCAGAAAGGAAUUCUCACCUUUCGGGAUGACUCAGAGCUUGAGAAAGGAAAAUCCAUUAGACCUGAACUUUUAGCUGCAAUUGAGGACUCUAGAUGUGCGAUUGUCAUUCUCUCACGGAGAUAUGCUUCUUCGUCAUGGUGCUUGGAUGAACUCGUCAAGAUUAUUCAAUGCAUGAAAGAGAUGGGCCAACAAGUAUUCCCCGUCUUCUACGCCGUGGAUCCUUCUGAUGUGCGGCACCAAAGGGGAAGUUUUGAGCUCAUCAAAUGGGAACACCAAGUAGAUGUGGAAGUAAGGGAACAUGAAGAAGUUUAUGGGAAGAAUGAGGACAGACUAUAUGCGUGGAGAGCUGCUCUGGCAGAGGUGGCCAAUCUUUCUGGCUGGGUUUUAAAAAAUUUUCGAUAUGAAGUAAAAAUAAUUCAGGAAAUUGUUAAUCAUAUACUAAAGAAGUCGGUGUAUACAUCUUCAAGUGUUGACAAGAGCUUCAUAGGAAUGGAUUCCCGAGUUGGUGAUUUAUUAAGCAAUUACAUAUGUCCGCAGCUUGUUGGGGUGCGUUUUAUAGGGAUCCAUGGCAUGCGGGGCAUAGGUAAGACAACACUUGCUCGAGCUAUCCAUGAUCAAAUUUGUCAGGAUUUUGACCGAACCUGCUUUCUUUCCAAUGUUAGAGAAAUGUCUAAAAAAAAUGGCCUAGUUUCUCUUCAAGAAAAACUUCUUUCCAGAACCCUGAUGGCAAAAAUUGAAAAUAUAGAGGAUGAAUAUACAGGAGCUGCUAUGAUAGAAAGGCGGUUGUGUAGAAAAAAGGUGCUUGUUGUUAUUGAUGAUGUGGAUAAGUUGACACAUUUAGAGAAGUUGGCUGGAAGUCGCAACUGGUUUGGUCCAGGGAGUAGAAUCAUCAUAACCACCACAGAUGUUCAGUUGUUAAAGGCACAUGAUGUUGAUUCUACAUACAAGGUUAACGGGUUAAACUGUGAUGAAGCACUUCAACUUUUGAGUUUGAAGGCUUUUAAGAAAUGUCCCCCACCAGAAGAUUAUUUGCAUCUGUGCUACGAUAUUAUAGGGUAUGCUAAGGGGCUUCCGUUGGCUCUCGUGGUUUUAGGUUCUUUUCUAUUUGGUAGAAGCGCUGAUGAAUGGGCAAGUGCAAUAGAUAGGCUAAAGAACACACCAAAUGAAGACAUUAUUGACGUGCUUCGGAUUAGUUUUGAUGGACUGCCUAAAAAAGAGAAAGAAAUAUUCCUACAUAUUGCUUGCUUUUACAAGGGGAAGGAUAAGGAUCGUGUGACACAAAUACUAGACUAUUGCCAGCUAAACCCUGUCAUUGGUUUGAGUGUUCUUGCUGAUAGAUCUCUCAUAACCAUCUCCAACAACGAACUGUCGAUGCAUGAUUUGCUACAAGAAUUGGGCUGGGAAAUUGUUCGUGAACAGUCUCCUACAGAUCCAGGCAAACGUAGUAGAUUAUGGUCUCCUGAAGACAUCAACAAUGUGCUGAAGAGAAAUAAGGGAACAGAUUCAAUCCAAGGCAUGGUAAUGGAGUUGACUGAAUUACAAGUGGCUCAUUGGAAGCCAGAAGCCUUUUCAAAUUUGUCUCAACUUAGUCUUCUCCAGAUUCGUAAUGUGGACCUUCCGGAAGGCCUCACUUGUCUUUCUAAUUCCUUGAGACUCCUUGAAUGGACUGGGUAUCCCUUAAGAUCUCUCCCACAAAAUUUUGAAGCAGAUGAACUAAUUGAACUUAACUUGUGCCACAGCAACAUUAAACGGCUUUGGAAGGGAACAAAGAAUUUCGACAAGUUGAAGUUCAUCAAACUCUGCCAUUCUCAAAACAUUGUGGAGACCCCAGACCUCACAGGCGUUCAGAAUCUUGAGAGUUUAGACCUUGAAGGAUGUGAGAAUUUGGUGAGAGUCCAUCAAUCCCUUGGAUUUCUCAAAAAGCUUAUUGUCCUGAAUCUUAAAGACUGCAAAAGUCUCGUGAGUCUGCCAAGUAGAAUUGAAAUUGAAUCUCUUGAAACUUUAAUUCUUUCUAACUGCUCAAAAGUUAAGAAGAUUCCCGAGUUUGUUGGAAAUAUGGAACGUUUGUUGGUGCUUUGUCUUGAUGAGACUGCUAUUGAGGAACUGCCUGUUUCAAUUGAACGGCUGACUGGCCUUGUGUCAUUGAAUCUAAGCAACUGCAGAAAUCUUGUUCGUCUUCCAAGCGCCAUCAAUAAGUUGAAGUCUGUUGAAAAUCUUAAUCUUUCUGGAUGCUUGAAACUCGGCAAACAUCAGGUAAAUGUGGGGGAGAUGGACUGUUUUGAGGAAACUGAUGUGAGUAGUGGGUCUGCAAUAGAAAUGUUAUCUACCCAUGAUCGCAGAAAAUAUGUGAGAGGUUCAAUCUUUCAUGGAUGCAAAGUAGUUUGGCGAUCUUUAAAAAAGUUCUUGCCUUCUGGAUUGGUGCAAAAAGUGAAUACAGAGCCAAAGAGUUUCCACUUGCCUAUAUCACAAAGAGUGAAUACAGAGCCAAUGAGUUUCCGCUUGCCUAUAUCUAGUCUGGGCAAUUUAACUUAUCUGAACCUGAGUAAUUGCAAUCUUGGUGAAGGAGCAUUUGCCAACGAAUUUGGUUACUUUCCCUCUUUGGUGACCUUGAAUCUAAGUGGAAACAAUUUUGUUCGUCUUCCUUCAGGCAUUGGAUUGCUUUCUAAGCUUGAGAACUUUAACUUGGAGAAUUGCAAGAGACUUCAAGAGUUGUCAGACAUUCCAUCAAAUAGUAUACUAGAUUUAAGGGCAGAUGGUUGUACUUCACUGAAAUACUUGUUUGAUGCAUCAAAUUUGAACAGAUUAAGCAAAUCAUAUUUCAAUUUCAUCAAUUGCUUCAAUCUAAAUGGCAAUCAAGGAUGCAAUAACAUAGCAUUCGAAAUGCUGAAGACAUUCAUGUAUCAGGGAAUCUCUAAUAACAGGGAAACUUUUCAAAUGGUAAUUCCUGGAAGUAAUAUUCCUGAGUGGUUCAGCCAUCGGAGUGUUGGGUGUUCCUUAAGUGUAUCUCUACCUGCACAUUGGAAUGAAAGUCGGUUAUUGGGAUUUGCUUUGUGUGCUGUUUUUGUACUCCAUGAGCACCAUCGGGUGGAUGAGCUCUAUAUAGAUGAAUUCAAGACUUUUAAUGCAACACAUCAUCUUGUAUGUUGCCUGAAGCUCGAUGGAAGAGAAUUGGAAGUGUAUGGCAGACAGCCUGCAUUUCGAUUUAGUGAAGAAUUUUGCCAGGUUGAGUCAGAUCACCUGUGGCUAUUCUAUGUAUCUCGUGAUAAAUACUUUGGUACAGAGUGGUGGCAUAACAGUUGUAGUCAGGUUGAGUUCUUGUUCGAAACCAGAGGGCCGGGUCUGAAGGUGAAGGAGUGUGGAGUCCGUCUUAUAUAUGGGCAAGAUGUGCAAGAGUUGAACCAAACAACCACUCAAUCAAGCAGUGGGAUGUUUCCUUAUGAGGAUAUAUUGAUUGGUUUUGACAUUCCAGUUGCAGGAGAAACCAGUGGCACUGGUAGCAGAACUUGCACGCUUGAAGAAUUGUAGGACUGGCAGAAAUAUAGGGGAUCUACCACUGGCCACUCUGAAAGACCACAAUUAAGGACUUUCUGAUCCCAUGGUUAGAAACGAGUUUCAGAUCAUGAAUUUCUGCAGUAAUUACUUUCUGGAGCUCUCUUGCCUUCAUCUUUUACAGUUAGUCAUGGAGUUCAUAACUUAACAAAUACCAAAAUAUAAAAGGAAAUUUGGCAAUCGGCCAGAGCUUUUCUGCUGGAAGCAAUUUGCUUGGAAACUGUUGCACUGGGCUGAACAUACAUAUACAGAAAUGUGUGUUGGCAAUUUAUGAGGUUGAUUGAAUGUAAUGAAAACCAGGACUUUUAGGGUGAAGGGUGGAAUACAUCUCGGGUAGAUGGUGAUGAUGUUGACUGGGAUACUGAUGAUGAGCUUGAGAUUGAAAACUUCACUUUAUCUUCUUCAGCUGAUCCAGGCUCUGGGGAGUAUUCUCAUCAUCAGGACCUUCCCAAACCAAAGUUUUUGAUCAUUUUGUCAGCGUGGGGUUUUCUCAUAAUAUGGUUGCCAAAGCCAUCCAAGAACAUGGACUUGAAGAUGCAGGUUCAAUUCUUGAAACCCUCCUCUUAUAUAACGCUCUUGAAAGUAGUCCUCGGGAGCAACAUUCUCUGCUAGAGCUGCAUUCUCCUUCAGAACAGUGCUCUCCUCAAGAACAACAACAAAUUGACUCGGAUCUCUUUUCUUCAGAUUUUGAUGGGAGCUUUCUAGAUGGUUUUUCAGAUCUCGAUAGCUCUGAUGACGAGGUAACUAUCGAUCCUACAUCUGAGGCGGAGACAAAACUUAUGUCCAACUUAUGUCCUUGGUUAAAAUGGGGUACAAUGAAUUGGAGGCUUCAUUGGCAAUAGAAAGAUGCGCUUGGAAACUUUUGCACUGGGCUGAACAUACAUAUAGAGAAAUGGAUGGAAAUACAUCUCAGGUAGGCGGUGAUGAUGUUGACUGGGAUACUGAAGAUGAGCUUGAGAUUGAAACUUCACUUUAUCUUCUUCAGGCUCUUGAAAGUAGUUCUCCAGAGCAACGUUCUCUUCCAGAGUUAUGUUCUCCUCCAGAACAGUGCUCUCCUCAAGAACAGCAACAAAUUGAACCGGAUCUCUCUUCUUCAGACUAUGAUGGGAGCAUUCUAAAUGGUUUGUCAGAUAGCUCUGAUGAUGAGGUAGUUAAUGUCUUGACUACUGUAGAUGCCAUUGGCCCUUUUUGAUAAGAAUCUCAAUCAUCCACGCCACAUGAUAUUACAUUGUUUUGCAAUACCGAUGGAACUUCCUCAUCAUCUAUAGGCUAGUACAUCAAUUUACAUGGGAUUAUUGGUUCAUGGCAAUGACACUUGCAUGUUACAUAUGUGGACUUCACAGAAAAUUAAUCAACUAUUUUUGGAGGUAGCCAUCGAUCCUACAUCUGAGGCGGAGACAAAACUUUAUGUCCUUGGUUAAAAUGGGGUACAAUGAAUUGGAGGCUUCAAUGGCAAUAGAAAGAUGCGGUAUUGACUCGUCACUUGUUGAUUUUGACUGAUUUCAUAUCAGCUGCUCAAAUUUCAAAGGCAGAAGAUGCCCAUUUUCCACUUCAAGAGAUGCGUACACAUCUGCUGAGUGAGUAUCCUGAGAAGAACUAAAAGGAAACUUUAUGAAUCUCCAUUGCUGAAAAGGAAAAGGACCAUGGGAUAUGGAAACCAGAUCAUAGGGGAAGAUGCUGAUGCAAUUCAUCUCCCAAAUCCAAUGAUUAGGUUUAGGACUCCGGCUGAUCUCCGUCAAAUCCCACAGGACCUCCUUAUUUUUACUAUGAGAAUGUGGCCUUGACUCCUAAAGGAGUUUAGGAG